UGUGGUAACCAUCCUGGAUUAGGGGACAGGGGAGUAGUCCAUAGGAACUUUAGGGAUAGUGUGCUCCAUCCUAGACCUGGAGUAGGAAGAUAGUGUGCUCCAUCCUAGACCUGGAGUAGGGGGAUAGGAGACCAUAGGAGGUAGGAGUGGAGUGAUAACCCCAUGGUGGAUCUGCUGUGAGGAGGACUGAGGACAGGAAGGACCCGGGAGGAUGUCAUCAGCCGGAGGAGAGUCAGCCAGCUUGGAGCUCCAAGCAGGUGUCAAAACCAGCACUCUGAGACGGGAGUCCAGGAGGACUAAAGGUCAGGACCGCAGUGAGGCGGGGCUGAUUAAGCGUUUCCGUGGUGAUGGCGUGCGCUACAAGGCCAAGCUGAUUGGGAUUGAUGAGGUGACAGCGGCGCGUGGGGACAAGCUGUGCCAGGACUCCAUGAUGAAGCUCAAGGGAAUGGCUACGUCGGCGCGCUCCAAAGGAGAGCACAAGCAGAGAGUCUUCCUGACCAUCUCCUUCGGGGGGAUCAAGAUUUACGACGAGAGAUCAGGGGUUCUACUGCAUCACCACUCGGUACAUGAGAUCUCCUAUAUCGCCAAGGAUACCCGGGACCACCGGGCCUUCGGCUACGUCUGUGGGAAGGAGGGACACCACCGGUUCGUGGCCAUCAAGUCCGGCCAGUCGGCAGAGCCCCUGAUCGUUGACCUGCGCGACCUCUUCACACUCAUCUACGACAUCAAGCAGCGCGAGGAGAUGGAGAGGAAGGCCCAGAAGGACAAGCAGUGUGAGCAGGCCGUCUACCAGACCAUUCUGGAGGACGAGGUGGACGAUCCAGUUUACCAGUACAUUGUGUUUGAGGCUGGACAUGAGCCCCUCCGUGGCCACCAAUCAGAGGAGAGCGUUUACCAGGUCCCUACCGCUACCAGUCAGCAGAAGGGAGAAGGGAUCUAUGACGUCCCAAAACGCCAUUUCAUGACUAACAUCAACCACUUUGAUCUGUUCGGAGAUAUGUCAACUCCACCCUCUAUUCCCCCGUCCCCGGCCAACACUCUGGACCCCAGCAGGAGCCACCGCCAGCCCCAGCACCCCCCAGAGAUGUUCACCGGCCCCUUCAGCCCCACCUCUGUCCCCUCAGGGUACAUGACCAUGGGGCCAGUCCAGGCAGCCCAGUGGGCCCAGCAGGGACCCUUCGCUGGCCAGGCCCAGACCCUGGCCUUUGGGGUGCAAGGGCCCCUCCAGGUGACCCAGGUCCUCCCUGGGGGCCAGCCCGUCAUCUGGAGCCAGGCCAACAUCUUCCCUGCCACCCAGCAGCAGUGGGCCGCCAUGGCUGCCUACAUGCCUGCCCAGGCUGUGGGGGGUCACCACCUCCCCAUGAUGGUGCCCAUCACCACCAUGUGCCCUGGGCCCCAGGGGCCCCAUGGUGACCUCUCCUCCACCCCUUCCUCGGCCAUCGCCAGCCCCCAGCAUCAGACGAUGGACCCCGUUCUGCUCCAGCAGCAGCAUAGCAUCGGUGGGGAUUCUGACGCAGGCGAAGGCCCCUCUUCGCUGGGCCUUGUCAUGGUGGGUAGCAGGUGUGGCACACCCAGGCCGAUGAGCCCUACUUCAAUGGGUCUUGGUGCCGUGGGUAGGUGUGAGACGCCCGUUGGCCUUGUCAUGAUGGCGAGGUGUGAGACGCCCGGUCUAGUGAACGUGCCCCCUGACACCCUGGUCUGUAGCCAGCUGGGCCUGGAGUCAUCAUCUGCCGCAACCCAGGAAGAGGAAGGCAGCUGUAGUGACCUUGACCUCUCUCGGAUGACCUUGAGUCCAGGCACGUCUAUCUCGCCCUCCACUGACUCAGCGUCCACCCCAGCCCCCCAACCUGGCUCGUCCUCAGACUCCGCCCCGUCCCAGGCUAGUGAUCCCCCCACAGACCACUCCCCCAUCGAAACAGAGGCCACACACCCCAGCACCAGGGAGGAUGACUCGGGCUCAUGCAACCGGGCUCGGUUUUUCUCCCAGGAAGUGACCUUUGAAACUGUAGCAGCAGGCCGUUGCCAUGACAACAUUCUGCCACAGCACACACACACACACACACACACACACACACACACACACACAGCUGAACACACUGUUGUCUCGUCAGGUCUGUGCGUCCGUCUUUAUUGGAGAUUUUUCAGAUCCACCACAACUACCAUGCUCUCUGUGUCCAUGUUAAAGCCUACAGUUGGCCUAGGCUACUGCCUCCUCAGUGCUGCAUUGUGCUUGCUCCUACUCCGUGAUGUUGCCAUAGCCGGCAGUGGCGAGGAGCCCAGUGGCGUCCGUGAGGCUCGGUCUGUGGGGACUCAGGUCGCCGUGCAGCCGGUGGACUGUGUACAAUCAGAGUGGUCCUCCUGGACGCGCUGCGAUGUCUGCAGGAAGAAGAGGUAUCGUUAUGCUAAGCUUGUCCAGCCAUCUCAGUUUGGCGGGGAGCCCUGUCAUGUCCAGGGCAAAGAGGUGGAGCCCUGUAGCCCUCCAUCUCGCUACGACUGUACACAUGAUGAAACACCUCUAUGUGAAGGCUUCCUCUGCACUUACACAGGGCGCUGUGUGCCUAUAGACCUGCGCUGUAAUGGGGAUGAUGACUGUGGGGACUGGUCAGAUGAGAAGGGUUGUCAGAAGGUGAACAAGGCCUGCAAGCAGGAGGCACAGGAGUACCAUGGCAUCGAGAACCUGGCCAAAGGAAUCAACAUACUGAACAGUAACUUAGAGGGAGUGGUCAUUGACAACAGAUACUACGCAGGCAGUUGCUUGCCUCACUACAUCCAGGACGUCAGGUUCAGGAAGCCUUAUAACCUGCAGCAGUACACACUGGAGACCAAAGGCACAUACGACUUCAAGCUGCAGUCUUUCGAGUCAUACUCUGAGUUUGUCCAUUACACCAUGACGGAGCGCUCUUCCAAGACCACGGUGUCAAUUGGCUUUGCCAUACCGGGCGUGGCCGAGUUCGGCUUCAACUACGCUGACUCCAAAUACUCCAAGUCAGAGAAGAAAAUACGCCGCGCCUCUAGGAAGGAAAACAGCUUUGUCCAGGCCAAGGCAGAGCUGCAACUGGCCCGAUACAUCCUGAAGUCAGAGGAUCUGAUGCUGCACCCGGAGUUCUUCCUGCGUCUUCGUGCCUUGCCCCAGUCCUACAACUACGGAGAGUACAGACAGAUCUACAGAGACUAUGGCACCCAUUACAUCACAGAGGCUACCCUGGGAGGAGACUACGAGUACACGGUCAUCCUGGACAAGGAGAAGCUGGAGAAGACAGAUUACUCUCUGGAAGCCUACAAGAACUGUGUGCAGAUAGGUCUGAAGGUGGGGGCCAACAUCAAGGGAGUGUAUGUGACCUUGGGGGUGGAGGGAGGCGGUUGUGAUGGUCUGCUCAAUGAAAUGGGAGAGGACACAGUGAAAGGCAGCAUGGUGGAGGACUUUGUCGCGGUGGUUCGGGGGGGUGACAGUGAGUCCAUCACCUCGCUGGCUGCCAAGAAGCUGCCCACGCCACAACUGAUGAGACUGUGGGGAGAAGCAGUGCAUUACAACCCUGACUUCAUCCGCAGCGUGACGCGGCCGCUAUAUGAGCUGGUGACCGCCAGAGACUUCUCCUCUUCUAACUCGCUGAAGAAGAACCUGAGGAGAGCCCUGGCUGAAUACCUGGAGGAGAACAGCUCUUGCCGCUGUGCCCCCUGCCGCAACAACGGACUGGCUGUUCUCAAAGGCACCAGGUGUGAGUGUGUGUGUCCAUCUGGCUACAGUGGACUGGGUUGUGAGAUCACCCAACGACCAGAUAUAGGCAUAGACGGCAGCUGGAGCUGCUGGGGUUCGUGGUCACCCUGCGCGGAACGGUCUAAGACACGGAGCCGCCAGUGUAACAACCCUGCACCUAGCAAUGGAGGCAUAGCCUGCAGAGGACUCCAGAUGGAAACUACUGAUUGUUUCUGAUAUUGUCCCGGACUCUUGAUUGAAAUAAAGAUAAUUCAUGUCACCCUUGGAAA